AUGAGACAUGGUGGAAUUAUGAAGCACUCUCCAAAAAGAGAGUACAUAGGAGGAAGUCUUGAAUGGUUUGAUUUUGUCGAUAUAGAUCAAAUAGGGAUGUUUGACUUUUGGGGUUUUGCUGAGGAGCUGGGGUACACUGAAAAAUGGAGUCUUAGGUUUUGGCUUAAGCAUGGAAAAAGUUUUGAUAAACACUGCAAGUGUAUUGAGACUGAUAGUGAUGUGUUUAAUAUAAGAGGGCAUAUUCCAAAAAAUUGGGAAGUUGAGAUAUUUAUUGAAUAUCUCAAUCUGGGAGUGGAUGUGGAGGGUGAAACUGGGGGUAGGUUAGUCAAUGAGGCUGUUAUAAUUGAUGAUGUAGGGUUGGAGGGAGAGAAUAGUGAAUCUGAUGAAUUUAGUGAGGAUGAUGAUGUGUUUUAUCAAAGUGAUUAUGACAUGGAAGAUGAUGAUAAAUUGUUUGAGCAAUUUGUAGAUCCUGAGGCUGAGUUUGGGGGGUUGGGUAAGGGUAAGUCUGUUGCAGAUGAUGAUUUCAUUAGUGAGGAAAUGUAUAAUAGGCUGCAAAAUGAAGAAGGUGAUGAAGAUUGUGUAGUUAGUGAUGAUGAUUUUGACAGCUCAAAUGGUAGUGAUGAGGAUGAGGGUAAGGGUAGAAUGAAGUUCCCCAAAUUUAAUCCUAAAACUGAGAAUAAGAAUCCAGACAUCAUGCUAGGCUUGAUUUUCAGUUCCAAAAAAGAGGCAAAAUUUGCUAUUGAGUCUCAUUGUUUUAGGAGGGGUAUGAUGGUGAAAUUUCCAAAAAAUGAUGCCAUUAGACUCAGGGCUGUGUGUAAAAAAGAGGGUUGUGGAUGGUACAUUCAUGUCUCCAAAAUGCAAAAUGACCACUCUUGGCAAGUGAAAACCUAUAACCCAAUACACACUAAAUGUUCCUGGAAUUAUAACAAUACAAGCCUUAAGUCUGGUUGGAUUGGCAAAACAUUUAUGAAAAAAUUGAAAGACAAUCCAAAGUUGGGUACAAAUGAAUUCAGAAGUGAAAUUUGUACAACUUUGAAGGCCAAUAUAACCAGAUCACAGGCUUACAGAGCAAGAAAAAAGGCAAUUAAGAUAAUCCAGGGAACUUUGGAGGAACAAUUUUCAAAAAUUUAUGAUUACUGUCUAGAAAUUGAAAGAACUAAUCCAGGUUCUACAGUUAUCAUGAAGCUGACUGAGGAGAGAAGAUUCCAUAGGUUGUACAUGUGUUUCAAUGCAUGCAAGGUAGGGUUUAAAAAUGGUUGUAGGCCUAUAAUUGGGGUAGAUGGUUGUUUCUUGAAGGGUGGGCAUGGAGGUCAACUAUUAACUGCAGUUGGGUUAGAUCCAAACAACAACAUCUUCCCAAUUGCAUAUGCAAUAGUUGAAUCUGAAACAAAGGACAGUUGGAUCUGGUUUUUGAACUUGUUGAAUGCAGAUAUUGGAUUUGAAAAUGAACAUAAUUGGACUUUUAUGUCUGACAAGCAAAAAGGGUUAAUUCCAGCUUUUGAAACUUUGUUUCCCAAUGCUGAAAAUAGAUUUUGUGUGAGACAUUUACAUAGCAAUAUGAAGAGGGAUGGAUUCACUGGGUUGGCAAUCAAGACAGCAUUAUGGGGGGCAGCUAAAGCAACCAGGGUUGAAGAAUUUAAUAGAAAAAUGCAAGAGUUGAGAGACAUUGAUGAAGAUGCCUAUCAAUGGUUAGUGAAAAAGCCUCCUCAAAACUGGACUAGAUCCCAUUUCAGUCCACAUCCUAAGUGUGACAUCCUACUGAACAAUAUGUGUGAAUAUUUCAAUAGUUUCAUUCUUGAAGCAAGAGAAAAACCAAUAAUUUCUUUGCUUGAAACUAUUAGAAAUCUGUUAAUGACUAGGAUGCAAUCUAACAAGGAAAAAGCUGCAAAAUGGGAAGGUCUCUUGUGUCCAAAGAUAAAAAAGAUCUUGAUCACUACAAGAAAAGUGGCUUUUGAUAGCACAUCUUUAUAG